AUGGCAUCUACUUUCCCACGACAACUCCAACUUGUGGCGUGCUACGACUCGCAGGCCGAACAAACUUACGAGAACACGGAGUCGAACGACGACAAUGUCGAUCCCAUCACUGUGAUUCUGGUUGAGAAGUCCAAAUCUGUGCCCUCUCAGCAGGCUACAGGUCGUUGCAUGCCUGAAAAGAAAUUAGACGAUGGUCUCAAGAAUCAGAAUGUCAUUUCUCGCGCAUUCCACUUACCGAAUACUCUUGGGGGCGGCAGUGAUGCUGCUUACUCUCUUGUGGUCAAAGUAGACACGGAAGCAUGGAGAACACCAAGCAUCUCUGCAUCAAUGGAGCAGCCUCAACCUCAGUAUAGCAAAUUGCGAUCCCUCUUCAGCACCUUUAGAUAUCUUCCCCUACCUUCAGAUGAGUUGAGCGACCAAGAUUCCCAGAGGAGGUCUCAAAGGUUCUGGAUCCGAUCAAUCAUCACCAGUGUUGGUCUCCUAUCCCUUCUGGCUCUCAUCCUGGUGUUUGCCUUUCCAAGUGCGUCUUCACACAAUGUUUCCUGGUCUGAAGAAGGCUACAUCCGGUACCCAACACCUGGUAGCGAUGGACCAAAGCGUCAACUGCGUAUUCUAUACCACAAUGCCACGGAAUGGUCACAGAAGAACCCCCAUGACAAUGGAGAAUGGAAAAUCAGAAUGGACGACCAGGCCCUUAUCCCCGCGGCAGCUUGGGAUCCUGAAGAAGAUCGAUACCAGGCGUGGUUCCAUGAUCGCUAUAAAGUCAUGAGCACUGCUGUCAAGGAGAGGAGCUUCAUACGACCUAGUUGGCUCGGAUCGCUGCACAUGGUGGUGCCGUGGGAUGAUGAGUUUCACCUCGCCCACUGCGUCGUCACAUUGAAGCGGUACUGGAAAGCCAAGGAAACUGGAAAGCAUGUUUGUCCGCGGGACAUUGCUCCGAAUCAUAUCGAGCAUUGUCUGAAUUGGUUCGAAGGAUAUGCGUUCCGGCCCGAGCCACAGUUGCCUAAGAUGGGACCUACGAUGGCAUGGCAGACAAAGGUCUGCUUCUAG